CGUGGAGCAUGGAAUUGAUAACAUCAUGAUUCUGGAAGCAGAGAACCGAACUGGUGGCCGAAUUAACACUGUCCCUUUUGAAUAUAUGAUGGGAAGGAUCCAAGGAAACCAAGAAGAAUUAAAAGUGAAACAUAGAUAUCAACUUCUGGUUGGUGCUGUUGACUUGUUGUACUGAGCCAAAAUUUAAAUACGGUCGAGAGAAAUAGAAAAGUAUCAUUGGGCGCAAAUAAGGACUAUGGUAUAGAAGUAUUCGCAGAGAAAACUAAGUAUUUGUUAAAUCACCAGAAUGCAGGACAAUCAUAACAUAAAAGACACCUAAUAAAUUCUUUAAAAAUUACUGCACUUAAAAUGUUUUGGAACAGUUGCAAAUCAGUAUUUCAUUUAUAAAGAACACUAGAGCAGGUAAAAUUUGGGGAAUGCUUGCAACCAUUCAGUCCAUAAUCUGUUGACUUCCCAUCUGCUGUCUAAAAAUAUGAAGACUAACUUUCAUACAAGUAGUUGUGUAGCAGUAUGAGAUUUCAUUUGUCACAUUAAGGAAAGAACGUAGAUUGAGAGUGUUUGAGAACAGGGUACUGAGGAGAAUGUUUGGGCCUAAAAAGGAGGAAGUAACAAUAGACUGAAAAAAAAUUAGAAAGUUCCUAAUUUGCACUGUUCAGUAUAAGUUAUUGGAAUGAUCAAGUGAGUGUGGAUGCGAUGGCCAGGGAAUAUCACACAUAUGGACAGAUACAAACAAAAACUGGAAGGACAUCCCCUGAGCAACUCAAGUCUUGCCAGAGCCUUCCUAGAUUGGGUCCAUAAGGGUUCAAACAUAGAGGAUGCUGCAGAUUCAUGGUAUGAAACUUCUGGCCAUGGUCAGGUGGAAUAUCAAGUUUGCAAAGGAAAGCAGACUUGGGCAUGGAAAUCUGGGUAUUCAACAGUGCUGGAUUUGUUAAAAAAAAGAAUCCCUGAUCCUUCAAAUGAAUUGCCUGUGGAAAGCAAAACUAAUUUUAAAGCAGAAGUAAACAAAAUCAGGUGGAACAAUUUAUCUGGAGAGAAUAAGAAUAAAGUUGCUGUGGAAUGUUCAGAUGGUUCAGUUCAUGUUGCAGAUCAUGUUAUUCUUACCCUGAGUCUUGGUGUAUUGAAGAAAAGAGGAGAUUUCAUGUUCCAACCAGCACUGCCAGCACAAAAAUUAAAUGCAAUCAAAGGGUUAUGUAUUGGAAACGUUGAUAAAAUUCUUCUGAAGUAUCCAUACAGAUGGUGGCCUGACAAUUUUACUGUUUUCAGUGUUCUAAAAACCAAUGAAACUGCUGCAUGUAUUGGUGAGAAGUGCUGGGUGCAUGAUAUACAUGUGUUUGAGGUUGUAGACAAUCAGCCUCACGUUCUGAGUGCCUGGCUGUCUGGUUCUGCAGCUAGACAUAUGGAACAGUUGCCUGAGGAACAACUAAUGCAGGAAACCAUUGAAUUCAUCAGAGAGUUUAUGGGGAAAGCCUUCAAUGUAACUGUGCCAUCACCUGAAGAAUUACUGAGGUCAUCCUGGUCAUCAAACCCUCAUUUCCAUGGGUCAUACAGCUUCCGGUGCAUGGAGACAGAGAGACUGAAUGUGUCUGCUGCACAACUUGCAGAGCCUGUGAUUAAUAACAACGGAAUUUCUGUUUUGCUGUUUGCUGGGGAAGCCACACACAGUUCCUAUUAUUCAACUGUUCAUGGAGCCAUUGAAUCAGGCUGGAGAGAAGCCAAAAGACUUACAGAGUUUUACAAAAUGGAGAUGCCAUGUUGCAGUGGUGCAUGGUGUUGUCAAGACUGGUGCUUACCGUUACAAGGAUGGGACGCAGUAUGUGGGCGACUGGAACCAACGUGGUCAGAAGCAUGGUAUGGGGCACCUCUCUCUGCCUGAUGGCACACGAUAUGAUGGCGCCUUCCAGAAUGGACUCUGUGCUGGCCUUGGUGUCAUGUGUUUUCCUGAUGGAGCCAA